AUGGAUAAAGAAAAGAGUAAGAUAUCAAUGCAGUUGAUGAAGAAAGAAGUUGAAUUGAGAGAGCAUCAAAUUCCAAUAGAAGAACUUUGUGCUGAGUUGAAAACAGAUGUGAAUAUGGGGCAUUCGGAAGAGAAAGCAAAUCAACUGCUGAAAGAAUAUGGUUUGAACAUGUUAACACCGCCAAAGAAAAGAUCAGAGCUUGUGGCGGCAUUGAAAUGUUUGUUUGCUGGAUUUAAUUUCCUUCUGUGGCUUGGGUCGCUUGCAUCCGUUACAAGUUAUAUCAUCGAAAGUCAGCAGAGCGCUAAUGUCAAGUUGGAUAAUCUCUAUAUGGGAAUUGUUCUUGCGGUUGUCGUUGUGGUCACAGGAUUUUUCGCAUACUAUCAAGAGUAUAAAAGUUCUAAAAUUAUGGAAAGUUUCGCAAGACUGGCACCACCUACUACUACAGUAUUGAGAGAUGGCCAAAUGAAGAGAGUAGAUGCUACACUGAUAGUACCAGGCGAUAUUGUGUAUAUAAAAGCUGGUGAUCGCAUUCCGGCAGAUGUUCGUGUAAUUAGCAGUUCUGGUCUUAAAGUAGAUUGUUCGACAUUAACCGGCGAAAGUGAGCCGCAAAAUCGUAGUCCUGAGUGUACUCACGUGAAUCCAUUGGAGACUAAUAAUUUGGUACUUUUUGGAACUGGUGCUGUGGAAGGUAAAUGCAAAGGAAUUGUGGUGCUCACGGGCGACAGAACGAUAAUGGGACGAAUUGCUUACCUGACGUCACGCGUUGAUUCCGGAAAAACACCGAUUGGUCGAGAAAUUGACCACUUCAUUACAGUCAUAGGCGUCGUUGCCGCAACCAUCGGCAUUUCAUUUUUCAUAAUUAGUAUAAUUUACGGAUAUACGUUUGUGGAAGCCUUGGUUUUCCUUAUCGGUAUUAUUGUGGCUAAUGUUCCAGAAGGUAUAAUUGCUACUAUGACGGUCUGUUUGACUUUAACAGCUGUUAAGAUGAGAAGAAAGAAUUGUCUGGUAAAGAAACUGGAAGGAGUAGAAACUCUCGGUUCAACGUCUACAAUCUGUUCGGAUAAAACUGGUACAUUAACACAAAAUCGAAUGACCGUUACUCAUACAUGGUUUAAUGGUAGCAUUUCUGAUGUAAAUUUUCACGAAUCUACAUCUGAAAACAGUGAUCCUAAGGAAUUGAAUUUCGAUCGUUUUGUUGGAACAUUUGGCGCUUUCGUACGAUGUGCAGCGCUAUGCUCUAAUGCUACAUUCAAAGAUGAGAACCGCGACGUUAAAUUAUGGAAACGUGACGCGAAUGGCGAUGCAUCAGAAGUUGCUAUCUUGAAAUAUUGUGAAUAUACUUGUGGUAACGUAACUGCUUAUCGAAAACUUUAUCCCAAAAUCUUCGAAAUUCCGUUCAACUCAACUAAUAAAUUCCAGGUAUCUAUACAUAAACAGGAAUCUGAUGGUCAUUUUGUUUUAGUCAUGAAAGGGGCACCAGAACAAAUUAUUGAUCGAUGUAAAACGUACUUUGAAGACAAUGGAGAGAGAAAUUUAACUAGAGAAGAUUUAAAACUUUUUCAAGAUGCUUACAAAUAUCUUGGUGGAUUGGGUGAACGAGUAAUGGGAUUCUGUGAUUUGGAUCUUGACCCCGAGAAAUAUCGAAAAAAUUUCGUAUUUUGCACCGAUCCCCUUAAUUUUCCUCUUGAAGGUUUGCGAUUUUUAGGACUUAUUUCCAUGAUCGACCCGCCACGACCGGCUGUUCCACAUGCUGUUGAUCUUUGCCAAUCAGCUGGAAUCAAAAUUGUAAUGGUAACUGGUGAUCAUCCAUUGACAGCUGAAGCAAUUGCUCGACAAGUCAAUAUUAUCAGGGAAGGAAGCAUCACUUCAAGAAUAAUAAAUGAUGGCGAUAAAUUAAAAUGGGAAGAGAUAAUGGGUAAUGGUGAUAAAUGCCAGGCAAUGAUUGUACAUGGCGAGCAACUCAAGAAAUUGUCAGAUAAAGAUUUAAACUUCAUAGUAAAGUAUUACUCAUGUAUCGUCUUCGCUCGAACAUCUCCAAUUCAAAAAUUGCAAAUCGUAGAAGCUUUCCAAAAUGCAGGACAUAUCGUAGCUGUCACAGGAGAUGGCGUUAACGAUGCACCAGCACUUCGGAAAGCUGAUAUCGGCAUAGCAAUGGGAAUUGCUGGCACAGAUGUUUCUAAAGAAGCAGCUGAUAUGAUCUUGUUAGAUGAUAAUUUCGCAUCCAUUGUUACUGGGGUCGAAGAGGGUCGUAUCAUUUUCGACAAUUUGAAGAAGUCGAUAGCUUAUACGCUUACUUCGAACAUUCCAGAAAUUACUCCCUUCUUAUCUUACAUCCUCUUUGGUAUACCACUUCCGAUGAGUGUUGUCGCUAUUUUGUGUAUCGAUUUAGGAACUGAUUUGUGGCCAGCUAUAUCAAUUGCUUAUGAAGAAGCGGAAACAAAUAUUAUGGAGAGACCACCGAGAAACGCCAAAGUUGACAAACUUGUUAAUGCCAGAUUAAUGAAUUUUUCUUAUCUACAAAUUGGUAUCAUACAAGCGGCAGCUGGUUUCAUGACUUAUUUGAUCAUAAUGGCAGAAAAUGGAUUUCAUAUUCACCGCUUGCUUUGGAUCCGUGAUGAGUGGGAUGACUCAAUGGUGGACGAUCUGGAGGACAGUUAUGGACAACAAUGGACAUACAAGGCACGGAAAGAUUUGGAGCGCUGCUGUCAUGGAGCUUUUUUUUAUGCAAUCGUUGUCGUACAGUGGGCAGACUUACUAAUAUCAAAAACUCGUUACAAUUCAAUUGUACAGCAAGGAAUGAGUAACUGGGUUUUAAAUAUGGGCUUAAUAUUUACUGCAGUACUCAGCACGUUUCUUCUUUUCAUGCCUUACGUAAACAAAGUAUUCGGAUUGACGCCUAUCAGGCUUUCGUGGGCAAUGAUCCCAGUAUCAUUUGCAUGGUUGAUAUUUGUUUACGACGAAGUACGGAAAUACUUCUGCAGGACGAGACCUCAUGAGAUGAAAUAUUGGAAUUUUGACCUUGAGAAUAACUUAUACAAGGAAGACAUCUUGGUCAUUCUGAUUGUGACGAUCCAACGUAAGUUCAGCGAAACGGGGAGUGAAAAGGGCAUGAUGACAAUGGACAUAUCGAGAGUUCCAGUGGAGUAG